AUGGCUGCUCAACCACAGCCUCCUUCGCACGACGGCUUCGGCUCCGUCCCAUUGCCCAGCGACCCUGCGCAUUUGAGUAGAGGAUAUGGUCCCGGAUCAGGAUCCCGGCCGAAUUCAUAUGUCGCCAAUUCUGUUGCUCCGUCGGACUACGGCGCUGCGCAUGGAGGCCUCGUCGAUCCAUCGCCGCUGGCGCACUCGACUCGCUUCAAUGAGGAGCUGGAUGCCAGCCAGCGAGGCUCGUCGCUGCUCGAUGGUGUGCCCUCGAGCGCUGGCUUACAACGGAGUGAAUCGCAGUUGUCCCACCACAGCUUGGCCCCGUCUCGCGGCGGCACGCUGAAGAAGAAGCCCUCGUUAAGCAAAAAGGGAAGUCUCAAGCGCAGCAGCAGCAGAAAAAGCCUCCGUGCCGGCAGCGUGAGGAGUCUCCAUCUCGGCGAGAAGGAGAAGUAUGGCGGUGAGGAUGUCAACAGUGCUUUCUACGUCCCCAUCCCAACUGGUGGGAGCCCUACAGAUGAGCUCGCGAACCGAUUUCAAGGCAAGUCCCCUUCGUCUGGUGAGCGCGAGAUUGGGAGAACUAACGGGAAAAUAGCUUGGCGCAAAGUCCUGAAGGAUCUGAUUAUCUUUUUCAAGGACAUCCAGAAAUCGUACGAAACGAGGGCAAAGCUGUUACUGUCGGCGUCAAAUAUUAUCAAUAACAUGACUAUGCCUUCGACGUUCCUGGAAUCAGGUGGGCUGGGGGAUGCGACUGAAAUUCUUCGGAGUUACCAUAAGCAGGGUCUGAUUGAGGCCAAUAGAGCGAGGGAGGUCGAAAACGAGGUCGUGAUGCAGCUGACCGGCCUACGGAGUGACCUUCAACAGAAGACAAAGGAGAUCAAGAGUUUGUCCGGGGAUUUCAAGAACAACGUCGAUAAGGAGGUCGAGAGCACGCGAAAGGCGGUCCGGAAUUUGCAGGAAACCCUUGGGCUCGUCGACGUCGAUCCGUCUGCCACGUCCGGGAAACAUGAUCCGUUCAUUCUGAGGUUGGGUGUACAGAGGCAGCUUGAAAGACAGAUUGAGGAGGAAAAUUAUUUGCACAGGGCACAUCUCAAUCUUGAAAGUUCGGGUCGCGAGCUGGAGUCAAUAGUCGUUGGCGAGAUUCAGAAAGCAUACAAUGCAUACGCCAGCAUUCUCAAGCGGGAGGCGGACGAAGCCUACGACGUAGUCGAGAAGCUUCGGGCCGGCCCUAUCUCGAUGCCCAAAGACCACGAAUGGAACAAUUUUAUCGCCGGAAACGAUCAAUUGGUCGAUCCCCGGAUUCCGCUACGGAGCCUCGAGAACAUCACUUACCCUGGGAAGGACCAUCCCGCUGCUGUAGAAGUGCGGUCCGGCAUGUUGGAACGGAAGAGCAAAUACCUGAAAAGCUAUACACCUGGCUGGUAUGUUCUGUCUCCAACGCAUCUUCAUGAAUUCAAGUCUGCGGAUCGAAUCGCCUUCCAAACGCCGGUCAUGUCCUUGUACUUGCCAGAGCAGAAGUUGGGCUCGCACUCACAGCCUGAUUCGACUUCCCAUAAGUUUAUGCUCAAAGGACGGCAAACUGGAUCAAUGCACCGCGGUCACGCCUGGGUAUUCCGCGCCGAGUCUCACGACACGAUGAUGGCAUGGUACGAGGACAUCGCGAAUCUGAUUGGAAAAACAGGCGAAGCACGGAAUGCAUUUGUCAAACGUCAUAUGCGAACUCUUAGCGGCGGCAGCUUCAGGGCAAGCUCAAUCAGCAGCGACGGUGUGAUGGACGAAGACGAAGCCGACCGAACUCCAUACUCUGGCAGCUCAGCUGUAUUACACCGGGCCCCGUCAGUGGCAGCACAGACGCCCGCGCCGCGCCCUCAACCAGGUGGGCGAUUCCCAAGUGAUGUCCAAAUCGACCGACACUUACACGACCCUCAACCACGUUCUAGUGGAGAGAGUUCGGGAGGCAGAGAAGCUCUAACAGAGGCUGGAGCCCCGCCUGGAUCGGGAGCUCCGGUUCCCUCUUCUCAUCAGCAGGCAGCGGGCCACGACUAUGAUAAUACCAAGCAGAGUGUGCUGCCGUAUAGGACUACAAACGAAGGGUCCUCGCCCUCCAAGCACGAACGGCACCAAAGCCAUUACGGCGACUGGAUAGGUACAUCAGCAGGCCUGACUACCAGCACAUCCGUCGCCGUGAACAACGAAAAUCCUCAAACAAUACAGCAUGAUGUGGCAGUCCAACAAGAUCGAUCAGCGGCUCUUCCAGUCCGCCAAGCCAUCUCCUCGCCUUCUCAGGCCUCCAUAGUCGCAUCUUCCACGGAGAAUCGUGGAGACUCGGCCAGCGCAAUCGGAACAGAUCGCGAGAGUAUCUCCACAGCGCCUCCGAGUAUGAAUCCCACUGAACAGUCAACCACUACGACUACUGCCUUGACCUCGGUUUCCGAGGGUGAAGAGGUGGCAGCAGCCGGUCCAAACCAGGGCCAACUCCGGAGACAAGAAUCACAGCGCUCGAAACAGAGCAGCCAAUCGCCAUUUUCUGUGAUGGCUUCGACGCCAUCCUCAAUCGCAACUUCCCCUUUGUCGAGCGAGGGCACAGCGGGGGCGACUGGUCCAUCAGCAUCAUCAAAUGCUGUUCGUCCCCAAGCGCAGUCCAAAAACAGCUCCUCCACAAUUGACCUCCUGAAGAUGCCAGGAAAAUUUCCUCGUACGAUGACCUCGUGA